AUGGAUGUAUCACAGGAAAGGCCAGCGAAAGCCACGUGUACCGAGUUAAGUGGCAUUAAUCUGAAGCUCGAACUGGAAGAAUUGGAGCAGCUUAUAACUCCGAUCGGCCAGGCGGUGGUACAAUGCUUGCGCGGCUGCGGCAACAGCGCAAAGAUCGACGACAUAGUGAAACGCUUGAGGAGGUCUGGUCGUGGUCAAGUUUUCUUGCCAACGGCUUUGGUUCAAGCUCAGUCGAAAACUGGUUCAGGUAUAACCCUCAGAUGUUUAAUCGACCAAUGCUCGGAAGCCUCUUUCAUAACGGAGUCUGCAGCACAACUGCUGGGACUUAACAAGGUUUACCAUAAGAGCACAGUCACGGGACUAGGCGGUGAAGAGAGUUCACCUGUGAACUCUAAGUCGGUGGUAAAGGUAAAAAUUUCAUCACUCCUAGAACCUGACUUUGAAGUGAACGUGCAUGCUCAUGUUUUGGGCAAGGUAACACCGAAUCGUCCGAGGAAAUUUAUAGACAUUGAUUCGUGGUCAGAUCUGUCUAAAUUAGAUUUAGCAGAUUACACAUUCAACAUUCCCGGGAAAAUCGACUUGCUUUUAGGAGGAGAGGUGUACGGUCAAAUACUGUUAAACGAAAUGAUCAAAGCUCCACAGGGAGCACUCAUCGCUCAGCGAACGUCUUUAGGCUGGAUUGUUUCAGGGCCAACUCACCUAGGUGAGUCGGAAAUUCGUACAAGUGUUAGCGUUAACCACAUUCAUUUAGAUGAAAACGAGCUGCUCAAGAAAUUUUGGGAACUCGAGGCUGACCAUAAUACGACAGAUCCCAAGCGUCAUUACAAUGAAGACGAGAAGAAAUGUGAAGAAUUUUUCAAUGCUACCACUGAACGUGAUAGCACCGGUAGAUACAUUGUGAAACUACCAUUUCGUGAUCAAGACCCCAGUUGCAAACGUGGAAACUUUGUGCCUAUUGCAACUAGGCGUCUCAACCAAUUGGAGAAGAGGUUUGCAAAAGAUGCUGAGAUGAAGAAACGCUACUCAGAUGUCAUCAAUGAGUACCUUGAGUUAGAACACAUGGAAGAAGUUCCUCCAGAACAGGAGAACAACCCAGAUGCAGUUUAUUUGCCACAUCAUGCUGUCAUCCGAGAUGACAGAUCAACGUCAAAGCUGCGUGUGGUCUUUGAUGCUUCUUGUCCUGGCUCCAAUGGCGUUUCAUUAAAUCAAGACCUGUUAGUAGGUCCAACUCUUCAACCUGUUCUGCGUCAUACCAUCCUUCGUUGGCGUUGCCAUCCUAUAUGCCUAGUAGCAGACAUUGUUAAAAUGUACAGGCAAGUGAAAGUGCAUGAAGACGAUGUUGAUUUUCAGCGCAUUCUAUGGCGUGAAAAUUCGGGGGAGAAGAUUAAGCACUUGAGACUGCUCCGAGUCACCUUUGGUACGGCCUCAGCACCUCAUCUUGCAGUGCGUGCGCUUCAGCAAGUAGCCCACGAUGAAGGAGCACAAUAUCCAAAUGCUGCUGAUAGGGUCCUCAACCAUUUUUAUGUGGAUGACUUGUUAACAGGCUGUGAAUCCGUGGAAGAAGGUAAAGUGGUUUACCAAGAGAUGAAUGAACUCUUGCAAAAAGGUGGAUUCGAGUUACAGAAAUGGAGCAGUAACAGUGAAGAAUUAAUGCGGCAUAUGAAAGAAAGCGAUGUUAAAGAGGAAGCCUUCAAACGCUUUACCGCACGUCGUGGUCACUGCGCCGAUUUGUGGAGCGACAAUGGAACAAACUUCGUGGGAGCUGCUCGUGAGUUGAAACAGUUGUACGCCGAAGAAAAAUCAAGCAUAGCUGUAGAAAUUGCCGAUCAGCUCGCCUCAAACUCCACUAAUUGGCAUUGGAUUCCUCCACACUCUCCAAACUUCGGAGGCCUCUGGGAGGCGGGAGUUAAAUCCACAAAACAUCACCUCAGACGAGUGAUUGGAAACUCCACUUUGACGUUUGAAGAAAUGUCCACAGUCCUGGCUCAAAUCGAAGCAUGCCUUAAUUCUAGGCCUUAA